AUGGACACAACUGGUCUGAAAACCCUAAAUGUCAUAACGACUCCACUUCACUUCCGAUCCCGAGCUUCGAUCUUCCGUCCUUGUUACCUGACUCAAUUCACCAAGAAUUUCCAUUUCUCUCUCUCCUCCUCCUCACGAUUCUCCCCAUUCUGCUCUAUCUCCAAAAGAGGCCAUGAGAAUAAUGCUUUGCGUAAUGGAGUCGGCGAUGGAGAGGCAGUUAGUGAAGUAUUCGCAAACAAACUUCUUCAAGUAGUGUUAGUUUCUCCUCAGAUUCCUGGGAACACUGGAUGCAUUGCCAGAACAUGUGCAGCAUCAGCUGUUGGACUACACCUAGUUGAGCCAUUAGGGUUUCAGGUGCAUGACACCAAACUAAAGCGCGCUGGACUGGAUUACUGGCCAUAUGUAGUUGUCAAAGUGCAUAGGUCGUGGGCAGAGUUUCGGGACUUCUUCAGGCAACAGGAAGGUGAUAAAAGGCUGUUAGCAUUUACUAAGAGGGGAACAAGUAUUCAUUCAGAUUUUUCCUACCGGAGAGGUGAUUGGCUUGUAUUCGGUUCAGAAACUUCUGGGCUACCACCCGAAGUGCUUCUCGAUUGUAAGAACGAAUCAUUGGGUGGUGGUGCUAUUAGAAUUCCAAUGGUUGAAACUUAUGUUAGAUGUCUGAAUCUUUCUGUUAGUGUUGGCAUAGCUUUGUAUGAAGCUGCAAGGCAGCUAAACUAUGAGCAGCUUCAAUGCCCAACAGAACCUUGUAUUGAUACCGAAAUAUCACUUGUUACUGAAGAUAUUUUUGCUUAA